ACAUAUGUAAUGUUUGGAAAAUUAUUGCAAAUGGUUUGAGUUUACAGAUUUUACUUAGCUCCAUUCUGACUGACAGAUCACAGAAUCCCAAGAUAAAUAAAUUCACCUAUCUUUCAACAAUUAUAAAGUCAUUAAUAUUUCAGUAAUUGUGAGGAAAACUGAUAAAUUAACCAGUCGUUUGUCCGAGUCUCAUUUAACAGAGCCUUAUCCGAAUACCGACGUGUCUCGAGCCCAGAGUCAAGCUCGCGCUCUCCGUGCUGUCCUGACUUUAUCUCGCCACACGAUUACAGUCUUAUCUUAACGAGCAAUGUUCCCACGGCUCCGCACUGCAAGCUAUCAUGUGGUCAUACACUUGUCUUAUUUAUGGAAGCCUGUUUUGAAGUAAUGCGAACUAUAUGAGCGACAAGAGAACGCGCGUGCUUGGUCACGCAUUAAAUAGAUCAAAUUAUAUUUCCAAAGUUAUUACUGAAGGGAAUGCUGUUUUCUGUCACCACCAAACAAAUACAAACGGACUCGAGCAGUGAAAGAGAGAGAGUUAGCUACCUCCUUUCGACCUCCUCAACUUUUAACCCCGCAGCGCGCAGCCGUCGCGCACAGAGAUGGUGACGGAAACGCGCUGAUUAUUUAGCUACCCAACAACUUGGAGUCUACGCGUAAAUUCGGCGCCAGAUAUUUCACCGUAGUUAAACUCACACGGGGAUAUGGCGAAUUUAGAGCUCGGAUCUCAGCAGUCGUGUUGCGGCGACGAUCCCCCCGCGAUGGGAUUCGAGAAGGAGAAAGAUCCCGGUCAUCACGGUCGGUGCAAAACCGGGUCUCCGCCGUUGCAAACUCCGCUCUCCCAACAGGGAAUGGAGGGAAUCAAAGUUUAUUUGCACGAGAGAGAUCUGUGGGCGAAAUUUCAUGAUGUCACUACAGAGAUGAUCAUCACCAAAGCUGGCCGACGAAUGUUUCCCAGCUACAAGGUGAAGGUAACGGGCUUAAACCCCAAAGCAAAAUACAUCUUACUGAUGGACAUUAUUUCAACCGACGAACAUCGGUAUAAGUUUGCAGAUAACAAAUGGUCCAUCAGUGGUAAAGCUGAGCCGGCGAUUCCAGGCCGAUUGUAUGUGCACCCAGACUCACCGGCUUCAGGAGCUCACUGGAUGAGACAGCUCGUCUCUUUCCAGAAGCUCAAACUUACCAACAACCACCUGGAUCCUUUCGGACAUAUCAUUUUAAAUUCCAUGCAUAAAUACCAGCCUCGCCUGCACAUUGUGAAGGCAGACGAGAGGAACAGCUUUGGCUCCAGCAACACAAGUUUCUGCACACACUCGUUUCCUGAGACGACCUUCAUCGCUGUAACAUCCUACCAGAACCACACAAUCACUCAGCUGAAGAUUGAGAAUAAUCCAUUUGCUAAAGGUUUCCGUGGAAAUGACGAUAUCGAAUUGCAUCGCAUGUCCCGUACACCAAGUAAGGAGUAUCCACUUGUACCACGUAGUACUGCAAGGCAGCGUGCAGCUCCACCCUCUCCUGACUCCUGUCUCUCUCAGUCAGAAUACAUUGUGACACAAAAGCCCAGUCCUGGCUACACCUGCUCCGACAUUUCAGGUGACCACACCCUCGCUGAAACCCCUCCCUCUCAUGACCCCACCUACAACAUCUUCACAUACCAGCUCUCUCCUGAGGCGACCCCUGUGCACAGCGCCCCCUGCAGUAUGGACACCGCACAGCACCAGCCUUGCAUGUAUGGAAGCUCUCAGGUGGGCAUGGAGGACCUCAGGUGGGCGUCUUAUACAGACAGCACAACUUACCAAAGCUUUUCUUCAGCUAAAGAAAUGGGUGGGACUUUUGUUCCCCCCACUGACCUCUCUCAGGAACUGUAUCCACAAUACACCUGUGAAGUGGGUGUCCAGUCACACUGCAUGAUGACUGAUUUCUCGCUUUAUGCUUGCAAUCGAUCAUUCAGCCAAAACCAACAACCAAACAGCUGGUGUGGGGGGAGCUGAGCAAGUGUGCCUGGUGUGUGUGUGUGUGUGUGUGUGUGUGUGUGUGUGUGUGUGUGUGAGAGAGAGAGAGAGAGAGAAAGAAGGAAAAGAAUGAAAGAGUCUGUGAAUAAUUGUGGUAACAUACUCAUAAUUUUAUCCUGAGAUCACAAGUUUGCAUCUGUAUUGCUUCACAGUUUCUACCUUGUUGUUGUGUUGUCUAGCAAAUUAAAAUAAUUUAAAAAAAAGUCUGUUCUGCUAGAGCAUCAAAAUAACAAAUAAGAAUAAAAUUCAAGAUCAAAAUUAAUAUAAUUUGCAAUAUAGUAGCUGCAAUUCUUAUUUCACAUAUUGGAAUAAAUAUUUGUAUGUAUUUUCUUAACAUUUUUAUAAUUGUAUAUAUACUUUUUAUAAUAACAUUAUAUUUGCUUGUGCUUUUUUCAUAUACUUAAAAAUAUUAUAAA